UUCGCGCUGCCUGGCCCGGGAGACCCCUGCCGUCCUUCCCGCUCGACCUGGCCCCCUUCGCCGCGCGCCUCCUUGCCGGCCAACUCCCGCUGCGGAUGGGGGCUUUUGGCUCCCCCGCGUCCGCGGCGUUCGCCGCCGCGCGGCCGUCUGCCCUGGCGGCGCGGUCGCAUCGCGCGGGGCCCCCCCCCGCGCAGGCCGCCGCGCGGGGCGCCCACCGCGAGAAGCCGCCGGCCGCGCCCGCGGUGCUGCUCGGGGCGGCGGCGUGCGCCGCCGCCAGCAUCGCGCGGCCGCGCACGCGGCGAACGCGCAUGCGGCUGGCACCCCGCGCGGAGAUGGAGGCGCAUGCCAUGGCGAACGCCACGGACCGGUCCGAGGCGAAUCCUGGGAAAGUGGUGCAGAUGGCACAAGAUGUUGGCCUGAGGCUCGACGUUAAGCCCUGGGAGUUCCUCUCCUCAAUCGCGAAGGACGCAGCGCGCAGCUGGUUCAUCAAGCGAGCGGAGGAUCGCGGUAUCCAGUGGACUGAGAGCGUGCAGCUGAUGAGCAGUCGCCAGGCGGAGCUGGACCGCCUGUUCAAGCAGGUGCGCGAUCCCGAGCUGCAGUACCCGGCCUACUACACCCAGCCUUUCCACGGCUACGACGACGGCAACCUCAGCUGGAAGGCCGCGCACGAGCUGGAGGCCGCCACGCAAUCGAUGUGCCUCGGCUACUACCAGGCCGAGACGACGUGGGAGGAGGCACAGGAGAGGUUCCGCGGCUCCGCUCGCGUGGCAAUCGCGGACAGGUGGCGCCAGGCACAGGGCGUGGCGGAAGCAGCUUCGGCACCGCCGCCCACGAGGCUCCUCGACGUAGGCUGCAGCGGCGGCUUCUCGACGCGGCAGAUGGCGGACACGUUUCCGGGCGUUCGGGCCACGGGGCUCGACCUGAGCCCUUACUAUCUGGCCACGGCAAAGAGCACGUACCCAGAUCUGGAGUUUACCCACGGCCUCGCGGAGGCCACAGGGUUUGAGAGUGGACUGUUUGACGUGGUGACGUUCAACUUCCUCUUACACGAGCUCCCUCGCGAGGUCAGCAUCGAGGCUCUCCGGGAAGCAUACCGGGUGCUCGCGCCAGGUGGGGUGAUUGCGGUGUUGGAUGUCGACCCGAUGAGGCUGCUGGAGCUGCCACCAUUCCGUCGCUGGGCCUUCCAAGUGACGGAGCCGUGGUGCAAAGACGGCGAGUAUUAUGCUCUUAAUGUUGGUGAGGAGUUGCAGAAGCUGGGGUUCGUCGAUGUGGUUUCCACCUCGAACGAUCCAGUGAACUCCCUCGUGCUCGCGACGAAGACGAAAGUCUCGUGA